AUCGCCGCAGUCGUUUCGAGUCGUGCAGCCUAUACCAGAGUCAACUGGCCCUCGCGAUAUAUUUGCAUUUCGCUGCUCUCUCUCUCUCCAGUGCAGCAACAUCGGCGAUCGUGGAGAGGGGCUAAGUACUCUGCGUAGUUUCCAGAAACAGAACAGAACCAUCUCCCGGUCCUAAUAGAAAACUGAAAAGGGGAAGCAUUGCGCAGGCCAUAUCGCGCAAAGUUCUCUCUCUCUCCAUUCAUUGAGCCAGCAGCAGCAGCAGCAGCAGCAGCGCCACAGCACAGCUAAAUCCAUACGAAGACUCGAGAGAGCCAGCCAGUAUCAUCGAAGCCAGCAGCUAUUGAGGAAGUUCGCUCUGCCGUAGUCGCGCACCUCGGAUUAUUCAUCAAAACACACAUCGCGUGCUAAACUGCACUCUAGAAACCUCUGUACAUAAUAAACGUCGUCGCACGGUUUUAUCAAGAAAAGAAAGAGAGGGAUAGAUAUAUCUGAGCUAUAUAUACAGCGCAAGGUGCACGACAACGACGACGAGCUAUAUUAGAGAGAGAGAGAGAGAGAGAGAGAGAGAAAAGAGCACAAUAAGAGUCCGCAUAGUCGGCCGUAGUGGAACAGUCCUAGCGAGGCUUUCGCAGUAGACGGAGAGAGAAAGAGGUGGUGUUCACGAUUCCCCCCUCCAGUGCUGGCCCGCACGAUAUAAGACGUAGAUUUGGUCGAUCAUCACCCCACCCACACCACAGCUGAUGUGAUAAGGGGAAGCAGGCGCACACAUACGUAUAUACCACACUCACACAAGAGCAAUAAGCAAGAGUGAGAGAGAGAGAGAGAGAGAGAGAAAGAGAGAGAAACUGUCCCUCUCGCGCUCAACUCGUCCCAGCCGUCUGGUUACACGUUCUCAAAUAUGCGACGAGUCCUCGUCGGACCGUAGCAGCAGCAGCAGAUCGCCAAGAUAAAGAGAGAAAAUAGCGCGAGUGUGUGCGCGUAUGUGCGUGCGGUUACCCGUCACUCUGUACAACCCAAGAGAAUACGAGGGAGCUUUGGAGAAUAGAGACUGUGCGACGAAGACUACGACGACGCCGUUGCAUAAAGAGGCGAGCAGUAGUAACAGUAACACGGAACGGCCAUUCUACUGGGCGACGAGAGAACGAGUUCGCACCCACGGGCAUGGUAUACGUGACGGGUGCUUGGGGCAUGGGAGAGGCUGAAACGCAGUGCCGCAGUGCGAACGAUAGCUCCUCCCCUGUAGCCUCCUCCUUCUGCCAGGAUGAGGAAGUCUCUUUACAUCCGCUUAACAACCAGGUCGGGGGUCACACGCGAUUGUUGCUGCUCAACCAGAAUACCAUUUGCAAGCCGUUGAACUGCAGGGAGCUCGACUUUUACAGGAACAUUCCACAAGAUAUACAAAUGUUUGUCCCUAAAUUCAAAGUAUCCCCAGAGCCAAUAAGUCACAAGGAUACGUGUCUGGGAAUCGAGGCAUGGCCUGCUCGCAGACUCACUAGUGCCCUGAACACAUUCCAUUUGCUUCUCCUUGGCCAAUGCUCGGGGUGUUAUGCAGGCUUCCAGCAGCGGCGAGGUCAAACUCGAGAAACGCUACAGCCCGAGCUUCAGAGAACAAGAGGUUCGCCAGGGUAAAAGCUCGACCAAGAGGAAGCGAGAUGACGUUCUAAGAAUGAAGAUCCACAGGAAGAACAGCUCUAUGGACGUACUUAAGUCCGGGACGCAUUUAGACUCGUCGACAAACAAACAAUAUUUUUUAUUACUGGAGAACAUAACGUCUCGGUACACGCACCCGUGUAUACUGGACUUGAAAAUGGGGACCAGACAGCACGGGGACGACGCCUCGGCGGAAAAGCGCAGCAAGCAGAUUGCCAAGUGCGCUGCGAGUACGUCGGCCUCGCUUGGUGUACGCCUCUGCGGUAUGCAGGUCUAUCAGGCGGACACGGAUAAUUAUAUCAAACGAGAUAAGUAUUACGGGAGAGAGCUGAACGAGGAGGGUUUCAAGGCGGCGCUCUACCGAUUUUUUCACAAUGGCUUUUGUCUGAGAACGUCGGUUAUUCUCAGAGUGAUCGCGCGAUUAGAGCAGCUGCGUCGCGCCAUCGAGAGACAGAGCAGCUAUCGUUUUUAUUCCUGUUCUCUACUGGUGGUGUACGAGGGCUACCAGGUGGACGAUUACUCGGGCCACCGACACUCGCCGUCCUUGAGCGUCGUAGACCAGACCCCAGGCGUCGUCGGCUUUAUAGACAACAUGACCUCGCGAAGCUCCGACGCAUGCUGCUACGACGCCGAUACGAGCAAUAAUUCCGCGGAUUACAACCUAUCGGUGCACGAGGAGGUCAGCCAAGCGGCUCUGCACCGCGGUUUUGGCGAGGCAGCCGCCCGUGGCGCCAAAAAUUCGAUGGGCUUCUACCCAGUGAACGAGGAGACCGUCUUCAUGGAGCACCCGCCACCCCACGGGCUCAUGAGCGCUGGAUCCGGAACGAGCCACCAUAAGCACCGUGUCGUCGUUGGUCAAUCCAGUGACAACUGGAUGCUCUAUGGUGAUAGCAACAGCAGCUCGAGUAGCAGUGAUAGCGGCGACGAGUAUUGCUGCGGGCAGCACACGGUCGUCAAUUCCGAGGACACCAGUUCCGAUCUCGAUAUCGGUAUGCUGCCUAUCGGACCUGAUUGCCCGCUCAACAAGCGCAGUCGUCAGCUUCAUCACAGGCACCGUCUCAGGCUCUACGAGAACGAGCCUUGUGAGACCAGAGACGAAGACGAAGAGGAGGAUGAAGAAGACGACUGUGCAAGCCUCUCCAAACGGCUUAAGGUGAAGGCUCUCAACUCGUCUUCUCAGACGUCGGUCAGUAAGGCCGCGGCCCAGCCGACGAACCUCGACGACUCUAUGAUCGACGUGCGCAUGAUCGAUUUCGCCCACACGACCUUUGGGCAUAACACCCACUCCGGAGUCGCCUCCAAUUCAAAGGUACACCAGGGUCCCGACUGCGGUUUCCUCACGGGCCUUGACAGUCUCAAACGCCUUCUUCACGAGAUUCUGGCCGAAGGCUAAAAUGCUAGCCAGCCGAGAUAUUUAAUCUCAUCUUUCUACCUUAAAUCGCGGAGAGAAUCUCACGUGCUAUCUCUCUCGCGCGCGCGUCGUUGCGGAUAAAACGAUAAAUUGUGAUUGCUUUUGGACGUUCGGCAAGACGAACGCCGUAGCGCGAUUCGAUAAAUUUUAUCCUAGUGUAAUUACAUACAUAUACACCGAGUUCAUUCUUGUAGCCGCGAGCGAGCCUAUGCAACGGGGAGUAGUAGAUAUAUUUGCGCCGGGAAUCGAAAUUGGCUGCGCAGAAGAAUGACCGUGGAGAAUGAGUGCGGGUGAGAAGGCAAGAGAGAAAGAGAAAGUGCGAAGGCGCAAUAUUAGCGCGAUAGCGCUUGCGUAUGAAAGAGAAAAUUCUGAGAAAGAAAUGCACGCGAAAAAGUAUAAAUGAUAACGAUGCAGCAACAAGUUUGGAAAUGUAUAUGCAAGUCCAGAGUAUUAAGGGAAACGUCCUUUCCAAAAGUGAAUCUAGUUUAUUAUUAGACACUCUGAGCAAGGCCUAUGUAUAUAGUCACGAGGCAUAAUUUUAAACUACAUGUUCCACGAAACUGAACGUUCAAUAUUGUACUGGAUAAUACAGUGAAUCAUGGAUGCGCGCGCCUGCGCGUACCACGUCGACGUCGACAACGUUCUUCAUGCGUAGCUAAAAAAAAUGAUUUCGAAGACACGCGCAAGCACGCGCAUUAGUACAUGUAUAAAUGUAAAUGUGUAUAAAUUACGUUACUAAAACACAAUAUAAAAGAAUUAGCGGAAUGCUCCUGCCAAUUAUCGAGAAAAACAAAUGAAAAAUCCAAACUGCGACGACAAUUAAUUGUAGUAUUAAUUUUUAAACAAUUGACCAAUUCUGUAUUUUUUCUUAUCAGCUAUAUAUUUUCUUUUUUUUUCGUUUAUUUCUCAUUGUGAUUUUUAGCGUACAGCGCGGUAUUCGUUACAAAAACAGCGUAGAAAUCUAUGGUAAAAAUACAAUUUAAUAAUGGACGGUUUGAUCGUCUAUUAAUUGUUAUUACGAACUUAUUUUAAGAGAAUCGCAAGCGAAAUUGUCCUUGUAAGAUUUGAUUCGAGGCAGAGACGGAUCAAAUUAUUUUUACAUCGUACAAUGUCCUACAAAAGUACGAAAUUAUAUAGUUAUUAAUGUUAUUCAAACGAAAAAAUUAAAAUAAUGUACAAAUUGCAAUAUACGCUGUAUUAUUUAUGUACGCAUAUAAUGCAUAUACACAUAUUUUUCCUGAAUAAUGUCAUAAACAGGUACUCAGUGUGAUAGACGAAUAUCGAAAGAAAAAUAUCUAUAUCUCGAAGUUGUUCUUUAAAAAGCAGGUGCGCUAGCAAAAAGUUCCAUAAAAUAGCAUUGUAAAAUUUUCAUGUUUUCUUUGCGUAAUAAAAAAUUAUUAUUACGAAAAUUCCAUGAAGUGAUUGUGUGUGCGAUAUUUUAUCACAUAAGAAGAACCAGACGUGAUCUUUGUUGUGAAUUCCUUUUUAAGUUCCUACCAUAUACUGUUUAUGUACGUACUAUAAAUUAGAUUUUUUAGUUAAAGUUGUAAAUUUAUAAUUGCAUAAAAAAUUUUCUUAUAUGCUGUUUGACAAAGGUAUAUGAAUAAUAAAUACAUUUGACUUUUUUGAAA